AUGGAGUCUUCCAGCUUCUCGAGCGGGAUCCAACGUGCUGUCAAGACUUGGCAAGCCUCCUUAGACGCCCCUCAAGAUGGCAUAAUGACUGCAGAACUUCUUGAACAAUUAUAUACGGUGGCACAAAUUGAGGGUCUGGAUAACAAAGGGAGUACUCUGACUGCUACACAAAAGGAAGAUACAAAUGGAGCUGCAGUUACUUCUGCAACAGAAAUUUCAGAGGUCCAGCAAACACUUGUGAAAGAAGGUGUUACAGAAGUAGAGGUAUCUGAGCAUCAUGUUUUUCUCCUUGGAGAGAACCGCUGGGAAGAUUCUUUUAAACUUAGCAGGAACCAAAAAAAAGGAGGUGAAAGCAAGACAAUGAAUACCACAACAAGGUGUCUUACUUGUCGAGGGGAGGGUCGCUUAUUGUGCACAGAAUGUGAUGGAACAGGUGAGCCAAACAUUGAAGAACAGCCGUUCUUGGAUUGGGUGGAAGAGGGAGCAAAAUGUCCAUAUUGUGAAGGUCAUGGGUUUACAAUUUGCGACUAUGAUGAUCUCAGUCCAAAUUUGCAAAGUCUUGAACAUGUUGGCUCAACCAACAAGGAUUGGCAACAUGGCAACUACACGGGUUGGGGUUUCAACCAUGGCCUCAACGAGACCAAAGGACCCAACAAAAUCAUUGUUGGUGGGUCAGAAAACUGGCAUUACGGAUUUGACUAUAAACAAUGGGCUUGGAAGAAUGGCCCAUUUUACAUCAAUGACACUCUAGUUUUCAAGUAUGAUCCACCAAAUGACACCACACGUCCUCAUAGCGUGUACUUGUUCCAAAACCCUUGGAGCUUCAUGAAGUGUGAUUUAAGCCAAGCCAAGAUGGUGGGAAAACCGACACAAGGAGGCGGAGAAGGCUUUGAGUUUGUGCUCAAGAGGUGGCAGCCUUACUACUUCGCUUGCGGCGAGCACAACGGCCUCCAUUGUAAGGACGGGCUGAUGAGGUUCGUCGUCUUCCCAAUGUUUCGCGGCUGGCAUUACUGA